AUGUUGGAAUUUACACGACUCCCUUUCGAACUACUUUAUUCAAUUUUUCAUGAACUUGAGGUACCAGAUUUACUUAGUUUCGCAAGAGUUUCACGUUAUUAUAAAAUCUUAUCUGCUGACAAUGGAGUUUGGAGUCAAAAGGCUUUAAAACAUUGGGAAAAUAAAGAGGGAAUGAGAGGAUUGAGAAAGAAGCAACGGGACGCGAAUGACUUGGUUGAAAAUACUUGGCACUAUGCGUGGUCCAUUGCUGGCGAUGGAUCUAUAUGUUUGAACCAAAAUACCUUUAGAUCAUACAGGUGUCCUAAUUGGAAUUUAAUAAUCUCAAAAGACUACUUAGUUUUUAAAUCAUCCAGUGCUGAAAGUUUUAAAAGAAAAUUAAAAAAAUUUAAAUUGAUUGAUCCCGUGAAUGAUAACUUAAUUUCAGACAACAUUUGA